CCGAGCGAGUGAGAGGGUGGCCGAGCGAGUGAGAGGGUGGGCGAGGAGUUCCCCUGGUGAACGCGAGUGAGUGAGAGGGUGAGCGAGGAGUUCCCCUGGUGAACGCGAUGGCGAGGAGGAGACGCGCCCGGGGCAGUGGUGGGCACGCGGCUUGGCGCCGCUUCUCUCCGCGCCGCGCUGCGUUCCUCCUCAUCCUGGCGACAGCCGCGACCCUCGCGCUCGCUACUCGGCAGAGUUUCGCUCAGUACCCCCAGCAGCAGAACCAGCAGCAGCAGCCGAACCAGCAGCAGCAGCAGCCGAACCAGCAGCAGCAGCAGCCGGGAACGGUUGACCAACGGGGCAUCACCAUCCCCGACCACGGGUUCUGUCAGCCCAUCUCAAUCCCACUGUGCGCGGACAUCGCCUACAACCAGACCAUCCUGCCCAACCUGCUGGGCCACACCAGCCAGGAGGACGCGGGGCUGGAAGUGCACCAAUUCUACCCGCUCGUCAAGGUGCAGUGCUCGGCCGACCUCAAGUUCUUCCUGUGCUCCAUGUACGCGCCCGUGUGCACCGUGCUCGAGAAGGCCAUCCCGCCGUGCCGCUCGCUCUGCGACAGGGCGCGCCACGGCUGCGAGACGCUCAUGAACAAGUUCGGCUUCCAGUGGCCCGAGCGGCUCCGUUGCGAGAACUUCCCCGUGCAAGGCGCCGAGCAGUUGUGCGUCGGGCAGAACCACAGCGAGGGCGCGGCACCACCCACGGAGCCGUCCGCCACGGCGCGCGCGGGCCACAAGGAUCCGCCGGGCGCGACCCCGCACGGCGGUGCCUCGACGCGCCCAGGCGGCUCCCCGGGAUUCGCGUGCCCCGCCGCUCUGGCGGUGCCCAGCUACCUCAAUUACCGCUUCCUGGGCGAGGCGGACUGCGGCGCGCCCUGCGAGACGUCCGCCACCCCGCACGGCCUCAUGUUCUUCGGGCAGCAGGAGCUGCGCUUCGCGCGCGUCUGGGUGGGCGUGUGGUCCAUGCUGUGCUGCGCGUCGUCCCUCUUCACGGUGCUCACCUAUCUCGUGGACCUGCAGAGGUUCCGCUACCCGGAGCGGCCCAUCAUCUUCCUGUCGGGCUGCUACUGCGCCGUCUCGGUGGCCUACAUCGCGGGCUACGUGCUCGAGGACGCCGUGGUGUGCAACGAGCGCUUCCACGAGGGCGGCUACCGCACGGUGGUGCAAGGCACCAAGAAGGAGGGCUGCACCAUCCUCUUCAUGGUGCUCUACUUCUUCAGCAUGGCCAGCUCCAUCUGGUGGGUCAUCCUCUCGCUCACGUGGUUCCUCGCCGCGGGCAUGAAGUGGGGCCACGAGGCGAUCGAGGCCAACUCGCAGUACUUCCACCUGGCCGCGUGGGCCGUGCCCGCCGUCAAGACCAUCACCAUCCUGGCCACGGGCCACGUGGACGGCGACGUGCUGACGGGCGUCUGCUUCGCGGGCCUCAACAGCGUGGACGCGCUGCGCGGCUUUGUGCUGGCGCCCCUCUUCGUCUACCUCUUCGUGGGCACCGCGUUCCUGCUGGCGGGCUUCGUGUCGCUCUUCCGCAUCCGCACCGUCAUGAAGGACGACGACGGCGGCAAGCGCGAGAAGCUGGAGAAGCUGAUGGUGCGCAUCGGGGUGUUCAGCGUGCUCUACACGGUGCCCGCCACCAUCGUCAUCGCCUGCUACUUCUACGAGCAGGCGUUCCGCGCGCAGUGGGAGCGCAGCUGGGCGACCCGCAGCUGCCGCGAAUUGGGCGUCGCGUGCCCCCUGCGCCCGUACCCGCCGAUGAAGCCCGACUUCGCGGUGCUCAUGAUCAAGUACCUGAUGACGCUCGUGGUGGGCAUCACCUCGGGCUUCUGGAUCUGGUCGGGCAAGACGCUGCAGUCGUGGCGCAACUUCUACGCGAGGGUCUGCAGACGUGGCGGGGGCGGGGAGACCACGGUGUGAGCGCACGGCGGAGAGAGAAGUUGCCCGCGCGUGCCCGCACACACACACAGGCAGAAGACGGACCACCGCCAAGUUUCAUUUAUUAGGUAUAGCCCUGUGAGCCAUGCGGCUCUUGAGUCACGUGCAACCGCAACAAACAGCAUAGACUGUUGAGUGACAGCAGCACGCGCAGACACGCGGAUGUGUUCGUACAGAGAGGCUCCCCCACAACACACACACACAAAAGUGGUCCCCCUCCCAUCCAUAGACUUUGACUGUUGGGGCAGGUGCUGCAAGCAAGCACUUAUAAAGUGCCACGCACACACACACACAGGCGCGCAUCGUAGAGAGACACACAUACAUACAGCCAUAUACAAACAAAGAUCCCCCGUGUAAC